UAGCGGGAAUACGAGGCGCCUUGAAGGCAACACUGCUUCUCACCACCAUCGGUCUGUCAUAUAUCAGCAAGGUGUUACUUUAGGCAGCUAACCACCUGCGCUACGUUGCGUUUUAUUAAAAUAUUUUGUAAUACAUUUCUGAUUGACAUCUCGGGGUAUUUGGUACCAUGAAGGGAAUCAGGUUUUUCUUGGUUUUAUUGGUGCUUUCUGCGUCUCUGUUGUGCACAACCGAAGCGGCCAGGAGCAGGACCAGCAACCAGAACAGCUUCCGACGGGUGGCUAACGGCAUCUACCAGACUCUGAGCAGUGUUUUCGGAGAGGAUAACAUUAGAGGGUUAUACAAGUUUUUCUCCAAAACAACAGAGCGGUUUGUCCAUGGAGUGGACUCUUUUCUCGACACCAUCUGGAAGAUUUGGUCGGAUUUGCUGGAUGUGAUGGGCAUCGACUCCUCAAACCUCAGCCACUACUUCAGUCUCACGUCCCUGACCAACUCUCCAGCUCGGGCCCUUCUCCUUGUUGCCGCUUUGCUCCUGGCAUACUGGUUCCUCUCCAUGUUCCUGGGGGGUUUCUUUUACCUGCUACACGCCGUGUUUGGCCGCUUCUUUUGGCUAGCACGUGUCACACUCUUCGCCCUGUCCUGCCUCUACAUCCUGCAGAAGUUUGAGGGCGAUCCCGAGCGCGCAGUGCUGCCGCUGUGCUUCAUCAUGGCCGUUUACUUCAUGACAGGGCCUGUGGGAGCGUACUGGCGUCGGGGAGGUGGGGCAGGUUCACUGGAAGAGAAAAUUGACCACCUGGACACUCAGAUCAGGCUGCUCAACAUCAGGCUGAGCCGUGUCAUAGACAGCCUGGAGCGCACUGGUGAUCAGUAGAUGGCAGCAAGGAUGAGUGGGAGGGAGGGGGAAAUGUAGAACCAGCUGCAGCUGAUGUCAGAAAGAGGUUUCCUGUACACAUCUGCAGCAACACAACUACUGGGUAUUUACAACUCUAUUGUCAGAUGGGAGAUAGAACUAGAUUUGAAAACAGUAUUUUAACUGCUCGAGUUGAUUUAAGUUACAGAGUUCCUAAAAAUCCUCAGAGGUGUGGACAGUUGACUUGAUGCAAUUUUUUCUUUUGUUUUUGUCUGAAGGCUUUGAGGGGUUUUUGCUUCAUCUGUGAGGAAGUUAUCAGAGCGAUGUCCAUGGUUUCCUAAAAUGCUGGCCCAUUUCUACACCUCAGCUACUUUUGAGAAACUUCCAAGUUGAGGCUUGAAUUUUUUUGGCAUUUGGAAAAGUGUUGUCAGUGCUUGUACUAAAUGAAUAAGCAUAACCUUGGGGUUCAAAUUCACACAGGGACCUUCCACAAACAUUUUUCCCCUUUUUAAAUCCAUUGAAAUAGGAAAGGGGUUGGGUGUCUGAUGCAGGAGACUGAUUCAAACAUUGUAUUUCUAAUAUGUAAAAAUCCUCGAGAUGUUGGAUAGUUGUUCAUAGUAAAAUUUAUUUAUUCCAUUUUCCAUCCAAAAUGUUGAAAUCAUGUAGUCACUGUUCCACCGUGGUAAUAGUUUGACAUCAGGACCUCUUUUUCAUUGUGUGUUUUUCUGUUUGUAUGUAUGGGAGCAUGAGCAAAAUGCAUCUGGGUGAUCUACUCAAAUUUGUGUGUUUUAAGCUUUUGACAUGGAAAAGCACUGUAUCAAGAAGUCACCGUGAGACUAGGAGAAAAUGCAGACAGACGACAGUAUCUCAGGGACUCAACCAACACACAUAUAGAAUUGGAAAAGAGUCAUCAAGUAAAUUAAAUUCAUGUUUGGUCUCUUUGAUUUACUUCACAGUUUCUGGUCUGACUCAGUAAUAGACAAUACUUACUUGUAAAUGGAUGCACAGACUGUCUCCUUGCAUCAUAUUGAAUUUCAAGUUUGCUUAAUGUCUAAAACCAAACCCGGCUCGUCAUUAAGGGUUUUGAUAAUUAAUUAGCAUGGGGAUUUUGAACUGCAGCUUGAGGUUUUAAAGUUUAAUUUGGGAUAUAGCAUUUUCAACAUUUAAAUGUGUGAAGCCAUAAGCAGAUUAUCCACAAAAGUGUUUUAGAAAAAAGUACUCGAGUUGUUUUGAGUCACAUCGUACUGACUUGAAGUAUGUCUUAAUAACUAUAUUAGAAUAAGGAUUGUCAGUGAAGUAAAUAGGAUCUGUUUCUUAAUUACAGAUUAAAUUCGGUCUUGUGCCUUUGAUCCUGUGGCAAAACUCUAAGCCUUGACCUGCACUGGAAAAGACAUGUUUGUGACUUGAGAGGUUCACAAACAGCCUGAUUAUUACAACAGUAUAACAUUAUGUUAAAACUGUGAUUUGGACAUUAAUGUGCAUCACUGCGGGCAACUCCAGUUUGUUAGUGUGCUUUUUAUAUCUUUAUUAUUUCUGCCAGUCUUUUUAAUGUUUCUUAUCAUGUAUUGUCAUAUCAGACUGGGACUUUCCUUGCCAUGCUCCUUUAUUGUCAACACAUAUGUCUUCAUGUAUUCAUAUUCCCCUUGGCAGAGUUUUGUAAUUUCAAUUUAUACAAUCUGAACUCUAUAAACAAAUGUUUUUAUACCAACGACCCUAAUGCUGUGCAAAUUUGGGGUGAAAAAUGUUGCUUUCAGUGUCUCCUGAGAAAGAUUUAUUAAAGGAGGACAAGACAGUAAUGUCACAGGAUGUCUGAAUUGAUGACAUGGCUCUUACAAACUCCUCAGCGACUAUUAGUAUGUGUGAGAUGCUUUGGUGUGCAAUUUCUUGCGCCACUCCUAAUGUUUGUCAGUGAGGGCGUUGACGCUCUUCUUUAAGAAGGAAAGCGAUGCAUCGCACAAACCCCAGACACAUGGACUCUAGCUGUUUCUCAGCACACUCAGAUAAUUACCAUUAGAUGUGUUUUUUUGUUUGUUUGUUUGGUUGUUUAUUUAGUACAAUAGCUGGAUUCAGAUGUUCUUUUCAGUCCCACUGUCUUGCCUUGUGCUUGGAAUGAAGGCUCGGUGCCAGCAAAAUGCAACAGAAAUUUAAAAAAGUUUAUUAUAGAAAAAUUCUUAAUUUUCCCCAAACGCACCCAGUUUGUCUCUGCAGUAAACCCCCAGCCUCCAGAUAGUCCAUAUAGCCAAAGUAUCUGGGAUUUUCUUGCAUGCUUUAUUUAUGCUUCUAAUGUUAUGUUAAAUUAUAUACAUGUUGUUGACCGCCCAGGUAGGGAGCAAAAUCCUUCCAAAAUGUGAUGUGUGAUGAUUAUGUUAGGGAUUUGUAUUAAAAAUACAUUUUUCUGUACCAUUGCAUACAGUCUGUACCGUUCGACUGUAAUGACUUUACUCUAUAGACCAAAUUAUCACAUUUACAAGGGCUGUUUAACCAUAUAGAACUAAAGCGGACUGAAACCCCUCUAUCAUCACAGCCUUUCUGUUUUGUGAUCUGACAAAUUUUAAAGUGUGUAAAAUGAUUGCUCUUGAUGAAUUCAGAGGUAAAGCUGACCUUGAAGGAGGCGAUGGUGCAGGCGUCUUGUAAUGUGUAGUUGUAGUCUGUGAUGGUGUAUGUUUUACUAACAACAGCACAUAUGAUUUAUGAAGGAGAUAAUUCAAUGUUAAUAAUCAUGUAUGUCACUGAAAGAAACUUUUUACCAAUUACUUAAUUAGUUUACCAAUGUGUUAUGAUGCUACUAAAGUUGGGGUCAAGUGAUCUUAACAGGUCAGGUUUGUCAUUUGUUGCUGUAUGAAAUUCAAAUUCAUUGUAAGUUGCUUCAGGACUUCAGAUGAUUCAGGAUCUUGGUGGGUGCUUAUCAUGACUUGUAUUUUAGACACUGAAAAAAGAACGGGGAGUGAAGUUGUUUCUCUUCACAUGCACGCAAGUUCUCUCACUUUUUUUUUUCUUUUUUUUGCCACCACUAAAAUUUCUAAGAUUUCUGAGACAAAAAUCUUGAAAACAAGACUCUAAGAUGGAGGCUUAAAUUGUCCUUUCAAAUAUCAUGCAAAAGACACUGUAUGCUAGAAGUUGCCACUAACUGGAGUCCUACUCUUGUACCACUUGACUUUACCUCUUGGAUGUUGAAAUAUGCCAGUGAAUCAGUAUUGGAUUUAAUGCUAUAUUCAGUUUAUAUUUAUUCUCUGUAUGUAAACUGUGUGUUGAAUGGCUGUUAAUUCCAUUAAUUUAAUGUACUGUAUCCUACACAUUCCUAUUAUUCCUAUUCGCCUGCUUUUUUAUAACAUGCUGUGCCAAUAAUGUAACUUUUUUUUAUUCAAGACAGUUACUUCUAGAAUUUUGAGUGUAUGUUUAUUUUGUUUCUUUUUCAUUCCAUCAAUGAAUAUUUUUAGACCUUUUUAUUUAGCAGAAUCUUUCUGUACUUCAUUGAUGUGGCAAGCACCAAACUGUUCUGCCUUUCUGUUGUCUACUUUGUGUGUGUGUGUGUUUUAAUCAAAACCUGCUGAUGGCUAAAUGGUUCUUUUUUUGUGAGUGUCAAUAGUGAAAAUGAGGUCCAGAUUUGAAUAAAUUAAACACCACAGUA